AUUAUUAGGUAUUUCUCAAUAACAUUAUUAUACUAUUAUACAAAUGUAUCGCUUUUUGUGGCUAUCGUGGCGGAGGCACGUAUCACGCAGAUACGCGCGCCCGACUGUUUCCGUCCUCGGCGCGGCUCGCAGUCCGCACACCGAACGACCGAACUAGCGAACACUCAACAGGCGCACCAAACAGUCGCAUCUCGCGCGUCACGACCGAUCGACACGAAGUGUGCGCGGCCAAAGUUUAUACUGUUUCGUCGUAAUAUUUAUGUUCGUUUUCGUUUACCGACGACGACUGCUUCGUGUAAUAUUACCAUAAUCGUCCCGUCACAUCGAAACAUUCGAAACGCACGAGAUGGGCCGAUCGGGCCGUCCGCUGGCGUGGCUGCCGAUGCUGCUACUGCUGGUGCCGGCCGCGGACUUUGCCGACGAACAGUGUCCGAUGAACGUUUCCAGACCGGCGCCCGAAAAUGCCUAUCAGGUGAACGACGUACUGUGGGCCGGGAAACCGGAACAAGCGUAUCCCCAGGCAGCGUACCGUCCGGUCCCGGGAGGCGGUUACGUCCUGUGCACGUGCGAAACUGGAGCGUGCAUCCGCAAGUGCUGCGUGCCAAACUCGGUGUACGUGGAAUCGAGAUGUUCGCCAUUCAACGGAUCGCUCGACCAGUUCAAGGUUCCAAAAUUUGUAAAUGAAAACGGGACGGUUGAUACAUAUGAGACGGGCCUGUUUCAUCUAGUCUAUGGAAAACUGACGUGUGCUAGCAAAUACCAGUUGCUUCCAUCAUUGAACAAAAAUGAUAAUUUCCGUAUAACCAAAAUGGGGUGGUUACUGAAUGAAUCUGAAGCUAUUAUUGCGCCACCRGGUCAAUUUUGUUUGGAGGCAUUUGCCUCGCACAAUUAUCAAGUAUUACCAGUUGUUUGUUCUCCGGAACAAAUGGAAAACGAACAACUAGGCGGAAAUAUGUUUUAUACGAUCGGAAUGUUUCUAUCACUACCAUUUUUGUUUUCAACGUUCCUCGUUUAUGCUCUCAUUAGAGAAUUACGGAAUUUACAUGGAAAGUCUUUAAUGUGCCACGUAGCAACUUUAUUGGUGGCCUACACCAGUCUAAUAACUGUUCAAUUCAUUACCAAUAGUGUUAUUCAAGAAUGGUGCGUUUUUUUGGCGUAUACUAUUCAAUUCUCUUUUUUGGCAAGUUUUUUCUGGCUUAAUGUUAUGUGUUUCGACUUAUGGUGGACUUUCAGCGGAUUUAGACCACUAAGAGGAAAUAUACAAGAACAUGAAGCGAAAAAGUUUAUAAUUUAUUCCAUAUAUGCAUGGGGCUGUACUUCUUUUAUUUCAAUAUUUACAUUUGCCAUGGAAGAAUACUUACCGUUUGAUACAAUUCGUCCAGAAUUCGGAAUUAAGAGUUGCUGGUUUAAAUCAUAUUCAGCCACACUGUUGUAUUUUUAUGGUCCUAUUGGUAUUCUAUUAUUUAGUAAUCUUUUGAUGUUUAUACACACGGCAAUUAUGAUUGUGAAACACAUGAAUGACGCUAGAGUACUCAGUGGAUCUGAAAGCCAAAAGAAUGUAGACCAUGAAAAACAAAGAUUCAUGCUGUAUUUGAAACUAUUCAUCGUCAUGGGUGUCAAUUGGUUAGCGGAAAUUAUAUCAUGGGCAUCAGGUUCAGAUGGCUCAGAAUUAGUAUGGUAUGUCACAGAUAUCGGGAACUCAUUGCAAGGAGUGUUGAUUUUAAUUUUUGUAUGCAAAAAACGUGUUUUAAAUUUAUUAAACAAAAAACUUUGUCCGCGUUUUCAACUAUUUAAGGCAUUUACCGCAUCUACUAGAACCACCAAUAGCACUAUCUCUAGAACUAGUUCCAAUGCCAAAAAUAAAGAUUCAGUUGAAAUGUCCACUAAUUGUAGAAAAACAUCAACUAAUAAUCAAUUACAUGAUUUUAAAGUUUAAUUAAAAUAAAAUAGUUAUAACUAUUUGUAAUAUUUUAUUUUAUUUUAU